AUGAACAAACUUUGGCAAAGGGAUGAUGAAGAAUUAGACAAUUCCCGGUAUGAUUUUGUGAAGCUCGCAGAGCUAAUCAAUCCAUUCUCAGGAGUUGAGAAUUUAGAUUUAGGACGGUUUUCUAUGGAGGCUCUUCAUCAUCAAUCACUUCCGCUACCUAAGUUCUGUAACUUAAAGAGUUUGCAUCAGAGACAAGAGACAAAUAGUUAG